AUGGCUCCCACAAAAGUAAGAAGAAAUUUUUGUUGGACAACAGAAAUGGUGGAGAACCUGAUUGAUUUUUUAUCCGUGUACAAAAGCAGUAUGGAAUAUAAAAGUCUAGAUUUCGAUGCCGAUAAAUCAGCACAAUACAAGCACCUGAGGCAAGAAAUGGCGAAGUUAUAUGCCGACGAGGACAAAGUUUUAUUUGGACCUGUUCGUGAAGUAUUGCCAAUUGAAAAUAUUGAUGAGUUAAGCAAUGAAGAAAAGGCAGAAGUGAAGACAAAGCAAGUUCAUCAAAGAGAGCUUAUUUCCAAAGGAUAUAAUCGUAUAGUAGAAAAAGUUAAAGAAAUACGGCAAAGCUUUUCCAAAGCUGUUGUGGCAGGGUUCUAGAAGUGGGUGUGCUAAGAUCAUUUUCAAAUUUUAUGAUAAAUUGGUUAAGAUAUGGGGUGGCUCAGCUAAUACUGAACCACUGUCAUUUGGUGUAAGUUCAGAAAGACUUAAUAGUGAAGGUGAUGGCCACCAAGAUUUGCAAAGUGAGUUGGAGUCUGAGGAUGAAGAUAGUCAAGAAGUAAUGCAAGUGGUGCACAAAAGAGAAAGGCUACAGAAAAUGCUGUUCCCAAACUUGUAGACAACAAGCACAAACAUCUAGAAAAGAACUUAUCUGCAGCAGAGCGAGAUAAAAUUCUUAUUAACGAGUCGAAAGAGGAAAAGGAAGCUCGUCAAAAUUUCACGGCUGUGAUGAAGAAGUCAAAUCAAUGCUUUAUGAAAGCUAUGGAGUGCAUGAGCAAAUCAAUGCAAGACGUGGGAGCUGGAAUUAGUUGGUCAAUGGAAAUGCUUGCCCAUGUGGCUUCGGGAAAUAAUUUGCAUCCACAGUUUCCAGUUAACCAGAAUAUUUUUAAUCAAGGUAUUCAGCCCAAUUAUCCAGCAUCUGUACCAGCUCGCGUGGCAAGUUUGUACGGAACGAAAUCGCUAUUCGCCCUUUUCUUGUUCUUCAGUAAUCCGAGAUGA